GGCUGGGGCGCUGGGUUGUAGAGUUGGUGGAAAGUGACAAGUUUGGAGAGAAGAGCGAUCUUGGAGAGCUGGAAGAGCCACUGCCGAGUGAGCCUAGAGCCCGCAGCCUCAGGCACCGGGCACGCUCUUCUGGAGUCAGAGCAGCUAGAGCAAUCAGGACAGCCUGGGACAGAACGGCCGGCCAAGGCGGGGCUGCUUCCGAGUCCACAGAGAAGCAGUGCUCCCGGGUCCGAGGCGGCCAGGCGGAGGCGAGGGAGCAGGUCAGAGGGACAAAGAGCUUUGCAAAGGUCCUCCGGUAUCCUGCGAGUGCCUGCGGGCGGGACGAGGUGGCCAGGAGCCCAGGGCGAACCCGUGGAUGUUCUGCGCGCCGCCAGGGAGCCACCGCCGCUGCAGCCACCACGGAAGGAGGAAUGCACCGGCCGCGCCACCGCGGGACGCGCCCGCCACCGCUGGCGCUGCUGGCCGCGCUGCUGCUGGCUGCACGCGGGGCUGCUGCCCAAGAAACAGAGUUGUCAGUCACUGCUGAGCUGGUGCCUACCUCAUCCUGGAACAUUUCAAGUGAAAUCGACAAAGAUUCUUACUUAACCCUUGAUGAACCAAUGAAUAACAUCACCACAUCCCUGGGGCAGACUGCCGAACUGCACUGCAAAGUGUCCGGGAAUCCACCUCCCACUAUCCGCUGGUUCAAGAAUGAUGCACCUGUGGUCCAGGAACCUCGUAGGAUUUCCUUCCGGGCAACUAACUAUGGCUCUCGGCUGCGGAUUAGAAACCUUGACACCACAGACACUGGUUACUUCCAGUGUGUGGCAUCCAAUGGCAAGAAAGUGGUUUCUACCACUGGAGUCCUGUUUGUCAAGUUCGGACCUGCUCCUACCGCAAGUCCAGGAUCCUCAGAUGAGUAUGAAGAAGAUGGAUUCUGUCAACCAUACAGAGGCAUUGCAUGUGCACGAUUUAUUGGCAACCGCACUGUGUAUAUGGAGUCUUUGCAUAUGCAGGGGGAAAUAGAAAAUCAGAUCACAGCGGCCUUCACCAUGAUUGGCACCUCGAGCCAUCUAUCUGAUAAGUGUUCCCAGUUCGCCAUCCCUUCCCUGUGCCACUACGCCUUCCCAUACUGUGACGAAACCUCAUCUGUCCCCAAGCCCCGCGACUUGUGUCGCGAUGAAUGUGAAGUCCUGGAAAAUGUCCUGUGUCAGACAGAGUACAUAUUUGCCAGAUCAAAUCCCAUGAUUUUGAUGAGGCUGAAGUUGCCAAACUGUGAGGAUCUUCCCCAGCCGGAGAGCCCGGAAGCUGCAAACUGCAUACGGAUCGGCAUCCCCAUGGCAGAUCCUAUAAACAAAAAUCACAAGUGCUACAAUAGCACAGGUGUGGACUACCGGGGAACCGUCAGUGUGACCAAGUCAGGACGCCAGUGCCAGCCGUGGAAUUCUCAGUAUCCCCACACACACAGCUUUACGGCCCUGCGCUUUCCGGAGCUCAAUGGAGGCCACUCCUACUGCCGCAACCCUGGCAACCAGAAGGAAGCUCCCUGGUGCUUUACCUUGGAUGAAAACUUUAAGUCGGACCUGUGUGACAUCCCAGCAUGCGAUGCCAAAGAUUCCAAAGAGAAGAAUAAAAUGGAAAUCUUGUACAUUCUGGUGCCAAGUGUGGCCAUUCCACUGGCCAUCGCCUUCCUCUUCUUCUUCAUCUGUGUCUGCCGCAAUAACCAGAAGUCGUCAUCACCACCAGUCCAGAGGCAACCAAAACCUGUUAGAGGACAAAAUGUAGAGAUGUCCAUGCUGAAUGCAUACAAGCCCAAGAGCAAGGCCAAGGAGCUCCCUCUUUCUGCUGUACGUUUCAUGGAAGAAUUGGGUGAAUGUACCUUUGGAAAAAUCUACAAGGGCCAUCUCUACCUCCCAGGCAUGGACCAUGCACAGCUGGUGGCCAUCAAGACCCUGAAAGACUAUAACAACCCCCAGCAGUGGACAGAAUUUCAACAGGAAGCUUCUCUCAUGGCGGAAUUACACCACCCCAAUAUUGUAUGCCUCCUCGGUGCCGUCACCCAGGAACAACCUGUGUGUAUGCUCUUUGAGUACAUGAACCAAGGAGAUCUCCAUGAGUUCCUCAUCAUGCGAUCCCCGCAUUCGGAUGUUGGCUGUAGCAGUGAUGAAGACGGAACAGUAAAAUCCAGCCUGGACCAUGGAGAUUUCUUGCACAUUGCAAUUCAGAUUGCAGCUGGCAUGGAAUACCUCUCUAGUCACUUCUUCGUGCACAAGGACCUUGCAGCUCGCAAUAUUUUAAUUGGAGAGCAACUGCAUGUAAAGAUUUCGGACCUUGGGCUUUCCAGAGAAAUUUAUUCUGCCGAUUACUACAGGGUGCAGAGUAAGUCUUCACUGCCCAUUCGCUGGAUGCCUCCGGAGGCCAUCAUGUAUGGCAAAUUCUCCUCUGAUUCUGAUAUCUGGUCUUUUGGGGUUGUGUUGUGGGAGAUUUUCAGCUUUGGACUCCAGCCAUAUUAUGGGUUUAGUAAUCAGGAAGUGAUCGAGAUGGUGCGGAAGCGACAGCUGUUACCAUGUUCUGAAGACUGCCCGCCGCGAAUGUACAGUCUCAUGACCGAGUGCUGGAAUGAGAUUCCUUCCAGGAGACCGCGCUUUAAAGACAUCCAUGUCAGGCUUCGAUCCUGGGAGGGCCUCUCAAGUCACACCAGCUCUACCACUCCCUCAGGUGGAAAUGCCACCACACAGACCACCUCCCUCAGUGCCAGCCCUGUGAGUAACCUCAGCAACCCCCGAUUUCCCAAUUACAUGUUCCCGGGCCAGGGAAUUACACCACAGGGCCAGAUUGCUGGUUUCAUUGGCCCAGCGAUACCUCAGAACCAGCGCUUCAUCCCCAUCAAUGGAUACCCAAUACCUCCGGGAUAUGCAGCCUUUCCUACGGCCCACUACCAGCCUGCAGGGCCUCCCAGGGUGAUUCAGCACUGCCCGCCUCCCAAGAGUCGGUCCCCAAGCAGCGCCAGUGGGUCAACCAGCACUGGCCAUGUGGCCAGCUUGCCCUCAUCAGGAUCCAAUCAGGAAGCAAAUGUUCCUUUGCUACCACACAUGUCAAUUCCAAAUCAUCCUGGUGGAAUGGGUAUCACUGUUUUUGGCAACAAAUCUCAAAAACCCUACAAAAUAGACUCAAAGCAACCAUCUUUGCUUGGAGACUCCAAUAUUCAUGGGCACACCGAAUCUAUGAUUUCUGCAGAAGUAUAAAAUGGGUGACUUUUGUAAAUACUCUCUACCGGACAAACUAAAAAGUGGCAGAAAAGAUUUAUAUUCAAAUGUUUUUAUUGAAGGUUCUCAUUUAGCAGACAUUGCAACAAGUGUCUUCUGUGAAGUUUAACUGUGUCUUACUGGAAAGACACUAGCCAGGAAAAAAUAAUGCAUUGUGGGAUUUUCACUCCAUCAUGGUGUGUGAUACGGUGUUGGGAACAGACCAUUUCAAGUACUGAAAACCAAUGAAGAGAAACAGAACAUUGUAAUUACAUAGCAAACCAAAAAAAGAAAAAAAGAAAGAAAAGAAAAAGAAAAAGAAAGUCAAAUGGUGCUCUGUGUAUUGCCUUUGGUCACCAUGGCUGGUCUACCCCCAAAAUGUAUAUACUGUAGUGUUUGUCUACCUGCUGUCUCUACUUCAGGACAGAUGUUCAGGAACUAUUUUCAUUCAACUUAGACUCUAAGCAUAUUUGAAUGGAAGUGGUGCUUAGCACCACAGAGGGAACUUGAGGCUACAAUUUAAAUCUCGCAUGGAAAUGAGCCAUAUAGACUUGUCAUGUCCACAGAAGUCCUCUCUGUAGUCAGGCUUCUCUGGGAUGGUGUAAGGUGUUUAUGUGAACCUCCUCUUCUCAUCAUGAAGGCCUUUUCCAGUCCCUUUUUCCACAAUGUGUUUAUACAGGUCCUAAAGAAGGUAGAUGCGGAUGCUGGAAAUGGCUGUAGAUUACAAUUUGGGUUAUUGCUUUAGGAAUGGGGCCCCCAAGGAGGCACAGUCAGGAAAAUGGUCCCUCAGCCUGGAUCAGUAUCCAUGGGAGAGAGACAGGAUUAUUUCACUGUUCCUUUGGUCAGCCUCUCUCUAUAGGAGUGUCCCUGGACCAAUGAUGCUGCAAACAGGCAAUGCUAGAGGCAAGCACACCCACAUCCAUGCCUUGCAUGCUGUAUACAAGUUGGCAAGGUCUUGGGAGUGUUUACUGUCAGUAGACUGUGAGCAAGAGGAAACCCUGUUAUGAUGCCAGUAGCCAGCAAGUUUAACUCUCACUUUUCUUCUAGUUUUCCUUGGAGAUGUUCACCAAUUAUGUUCUAGCACCAAGAAGUUUAACAAUUUAUUCAUAGAGCUAGCUGGAAUCCAAAGACUACACAUCCUAUUUUGCAAAACAUUAUAGGAUGUCUUUAAAAAAAAAAAAAAAAGCAUACUGAGUUCUCUCAAAGAUUGCAAAACUCCAAAUUCCUUAACUUGGCAAACAAGCAAUUUGAUCUGAUCUUGUUGCCUUCCUUAGGGGGUGACAUCAAGUGUGCCCAUCCUGGGCAUUUACUUGCCAGCUACCUUUUACCAAGUUCAGAAUUCUUGUGGGAUUCAAGUUCUGCAUAGAAAGGAAUUUUAGAUUUUAUUUUUCUCUUAUUAAAAAAAGAACUCCUUUAUUCUAAGAAAAAUAACAGCAAGUCUUGCUUUUAUUUUAAAGCUAUAGAGACUUACAGACUUAUAAGAUGCAAAAUAAAUCCUGGAACUACUUCAUGAUAGAAAGGAAUAUUUCUUGAGGGGGAUAUAAGAAAGUUAGGAAGACCUUGAUGUUUCUGUCUUUAAAGGUAGAAUUUGCAUAAUAAAUCCAGUAAAUCUGUCUACCAAAAUGUGCCUAGGUUUUCCCAAACGAACAUGAACUUAUAGGUACUGUGAACUCAAAAGAGUUGGCUAUAUUCAGAUUUACUGGACGAUAAAUUAAGAGCUAUUUUGUGGCAUGAAUAAGCUGAUUCUAUGUAACAUUUCUUGAGGUUGAGGAGAGGAGGAGAUUUGUAUCCUUUUGUUGCUAUGCAACUAUAUAACGAUGACGCUUCAAACCACAAUUUUGUAUAUGAUAUGACAAUCAAUUCUCUUCCAAGGAUAUUUAUUUUGAGUAAACACAGUCUCAGUGAAUCUGAGUUUUCGAGGAGUCCCUUAAAGGGGGAUUAGCAUUCCAUGAGCCAGUAAGAGACCUUCUCUGGAAAGUCAUUAGUAUGGUUAAAAAAAUAAAUUCAACUUAGUUUUUUAUAAAGAACUAUAACAUUUAUUUUUAAGCCUUUUAUAAUAACUGAAGCCAUUAAGGAGAGCAAACAAAAUUUCAAAACCACUUGUUAUAAUUAUUAAAACAGUGCUGUGGUGCUGCAGCAUGCAGCCUCUUUUGUAUUAAAUGGUACUUCUUUUCACAAGCUGAAAAAUCUUUCAUUCUGUUGACAAUGUUUUGUAAGCUAAUUUUAUUUUCAGGUGUUGUUUUUUUAUUUCUCUGCACAAAACUGUUUAUGGUUUGUAUCACAGAAGUGAAAAUAUAUCUGCAUUUUUAUAUCUGGUCUGUUUCCUUAUUUCCUUUGCUUAUUUUUAACUCAAUGUAGAUUUUCUUCGAAUAUAUAAUGGCGAUGUUCAGAUAGCUCACACGACCAUAUCUUUCCUUAUUUUCACUGCAUGCAUUUAAUCACUGUAUCAAUGUUUGAUUUGUUCUUAUGGGCAUUCCAAAUAGAAAAACAUGGACUUGUAAUGACCAAAAGACUAUUUUAUAUUGAGGAUAUAUGCAUAUGUAUUUCACCACCAGAGAUGAUAUUAAACACUGAUUAUUUUAUGCUGCUGUUUAUUAAAAUGUUUACUACAAAGUAUGUCCUG